CAAUAACAUCAUGGUACUUAAGGAGUGCAUCAUGGGUAAUCUAGGUCUGUUUCCUAUUUUGUUUUGCUGGUCUAACUUUCUGGUGAUCAGCUGAAAUACCAGCAGCAACAUGCCCCGUAAGUGGAGCUCCAUCCAAAAGCAUGGAUGGCUGGGUGGCACAGGAAGUGGGAAAUUACUGAGAGCUUGGAAAAACAGCAUUCUGAGCCCGGCUUCCAUGCUGAGUCCGGCGGCUGCAGCCGGCGCAGCGUCUCCAGAGGAAGGGCCCCAGCAGCCGCGCGACAACAUGGAGAGCUACCGGAACGCCACCGAGGUUCGGAUGAGUCAGAUGGUGCUGCCCUGCCACACCAACUACCGCGGGGAGCUCAGCAUUGGGCAGCUGCUGAAAUGGAUCGACACGGCAGCCUGUCUUUCGGCCGAGAGGCAUGCUGGCCGCCCCUGCGUCACGGCUUCAGUGGAUGAUAUCUAUUUUGAGCAUACAAUUAGACAGCUGCAUAUAGAGUCUCCCUGGUACCCUUGUGGGAAGAACGAAGCCUGUGUCGGGCAGGUUGUCAAUAUCAAAGCAAAAGUGAACCGAGCGUUUAACUCCAGCAUGGAGGUUGGUGUACAGGUCAGCUAUGAAGAUCUGUGCAACGGAGAGCAAUGGAACGUUUGCAAGGCAUAUGCAACGUUUGUUGCACAAAGCAAGUCAAAUGCUAAGAUCACGUUAAAGCCUCUGGUGCCUCAAACAGAAGAGGAAAAGACAGAAUAUAGCAUUGCUGCUGAACGCCGCCGGAUGAGAUUGGCUCACACAGAUACAAUCAAAGGCCUUGUCACUAACGGCCCUGUGCAAUCAGAGCGUGAGAACAGAGAAUGUGAUGCUGUGGUACCUGCAGAAAAGACCAGAGUGGAGAGUGUGGAGCUAAUUCUGCCCCCACAUGCCAACCAUCAGGGGAAUACAUUUGGAGGGCAGAUCAUGGCCUGGAUGGAAAAUGUAGCCACAAUAGCAGCAAGCCGAUUGUGCAAUGCACACCCCACCCUGAAGACAAUUGAAAUGUUCCAUUUUAGGGGACCAUCUCAAGUUGGUGACCGCCUCCUCUUUAAGGCCAUUGUUAACAAUUCAUUUAAGAACAGCAUGGAGGUUGGGGUGUGUGUAGAGGCCUAUCGACAUGAAAUGGAAGUCAGCCGAAGACACAUCAAUAGUGCCUUUAUGACCUUUGUGGUUCUGAAUGAAGAGGGUCAGCCACGCACACUUCCAAUGUUGAAACCGGAACCAGGGGAUGGAGAAAGACGAUUCAAAGAAGCUAGUGCUAGGAAAAAAAUUAGAUUGGACAGAAAAUAUGUCAUUUCAUGCAAACAAACAGAAGUUCCCUUGUCUGUGCCUUGGGACCAAAGUAACAAGGUUUAUCUGAGUUACAACAAUGUUACUGCACUGAAGACACUAGUAGCUAAAGCAAACUGGAUUCUUGCCUCUGAAAAAGACAAGGUAAAGAUGUAUACGCUGGAGGAAGACAAGUUUCUGUCUAUCCGAAUAGAGAUGACCAUCUGCAUUGACACAAUGCAGGCCUUCCUGCUGCUCUCGGACCUGCUACACAGACACGAGUGGGAUGAUCAUUAUGCGAGUGCUGAGCUUGUCCAGCAAGUUGACAAAGAUGACAUGAUCUACCACGUAAUUAGCCAAACUAUCAGCGAAGAAAACAAACGGCAGGACUUUGUCAUCCUGGUGUCACGAAGAAAGCCUUGUGGCAAAGGUGAUCCAUAUGUUGUAGCAUUCAGGUCAGUCACAUUGCCGACACAUCCUGCAAAGCCAGAGUACACCCGAGGGGAGACCUUAUGUUCUGGCUUCUGUAUUUGGCAGGAAACAGAUGAACUCACCAAGGUGUCCUAUUACUACCAGGCCACUCCGGGUGUGCUGGGCUACAUCACAAAGAACAUUGCUGGCCUGUCCUCAAGCUUCCAUUCCACCUUUCAAGCGUGUGAACAGUUUCUGCUGAAGAACAAAGAUGAUGUCACUGUUGGGCUUCAGAAUCUUUAGCUGCACAAUUGUAUCUUUGUCUCACGACAAAGAUAAAAUCUCAUAAUGAACAUCUCUGUAAAUAUUGAGGAGACCGGUCGGGUCUGCCUUUAGUGAGAUAGAGAGAAGAAAGAAACAGACUUGUUUAAAUGCAUCAAUUAUGUAGUCAAAGCUUGUGGAAGAAUGCCAUUCUACUAGCUUAUGAUCAGAAUGCGAAUUCUCGAUCUAGGACAAUUUAACUAUCAUACUUUUAGUGGUUAUGGGGUGUGUGCACAUCUAGGAAGCAACAAAGGAAGAUUCUCCCUGGAUUUUGCAGGUGUGUAAUCACACGUUUUUGACUUCUGUUGAAGUCCUAUUUCUAUUUGAUCAAUAGGAAAAUCUGAUGUAAAGGCACACUUGAAAAUAGACUUCUUUUUUGGUCUUAUCACCUUUCUUGCCUUGCCUUGUACACUAGGUGUUUGAACAGGGAUUAAAUUUUUGUACACAAAAAUCUAGGAGCUUAAAACACUGCCCACAAAAUAAAUUUUCAUAUAGAGUCCAUAGAGUGAAAUUUAAGUGUCUUUUAUCAAGAGAAUUAAGAUUUACAAGCAUUCAGAAUGAAGAUUCAUCAUAAGAAUCUACAGAAUAUUAUGCAGGGAUUGGUGGCAGGCACUCUUGGCAUUAAACCUUAGCACAGCUCAUGUGCCUUUUGAAACCAUGGAUUACCUUACUUCAGUGCACAUUACACAAACACGUAGUGUCAAAUAGGAUCAUGCAAAAAGAACUGGGACAACUUGAACCAUUCCUUAUAGAAGUGUCGUCUUGUACUUUUUUUUUGUCUGUGCUAUCUUGAUCAGUCCAAACUUGAGGGAGACUAGAUUAUUUUGCCACAGAGGAAUUGAGGAUAAUUCAGAUGUGGCCUUCUGGUAUUUUGGAAGAAUUUUUCUUCCAUUUGAUCCUUAGGCAAUCAUGGACUGAGUACCUGAUUGACUGUGUUGCUAGGUAGGUCUUCUCUCUAAUUUUGCACAAGGUUUGUCAGUUCUAGCUUCUAAUGCAUUUUAUUGCUGCUCAGAGUUCUAGGUUUAUUGAAAUAAAUGUCAAUAAAAGCUUAUUUGUUUUAAAAAA